AUGAAGCUGACCCUCCUCUCGCUCGCCCUCGUGGUGGCCACCGCGGUGGCGGGUGGUGAUGUCGACGCAACGACUGCUCCGUUGCCGACUCCUGCUGCCACCGUCCCCACAACCGCAGGAACUCCUGAACCCACCACAGAUAUGCCCGACAUCGACGACGACGAUACCCCCGAACCUACUACCAUUGCCCCCACCACGACCCUCGAGCCGACCACGACCCUCGAGCCGACCACGACCCUCGAGCCCACCACGACCCUCGAGCCCACCACGACCCUCGAGCCCACCACGACCCUCGAGCCCACCACGACCCUCGAGCCGACCACGGUCUCACCAGAGCCAACUACCUCCACGGCAUCCCCUGAGCCCACGGUGGAUGUGCCGCUUCCCACUCCUGCUGCCACUGUCCCCGCAGUUGCGAGUACGCCGGAGCCCACCACUGUCGAACCCGAUCUCGAAGAGGACGACACACCUGAGCCCACGACGACCACCCUUGAGCCCACGACGACAACAAUCGAAACGACCACUGAAACACCCGAGCCGAUCGAACCCUCUACCACGACCAUCGAGCCUUCCACGGAGCGUCCUGCCACUAUGGAUGCGCCGCUCCCGACGCCCGCCGCGACCGCGCCUGCCUCGUCUGGCACCCCUGAGCCCACGACGGGGGAGCCUGACAAUGAAGACAACACCCCUGAACCAACGACGAAUCUCCCCGACGUCGAAGUUGGUUCGCUGGCACCUACCACGACGACAGCGGAGCCCGUAGCUCCGACGAUCUCGUCGGUGGUGGAAUCGCCCACCGUGGUGCCUGCACCAACUCCGGCCGUGACCGUGCCGUCGCAAGCUGGAACGCCUGCACCCACCGAAGGCACUCCCGACAUCGAAAGCGAUGACGAUGACAGCACCACGACAGCAGCACCUGGCACGGCCUCGUCCGGCGCUUCUACUCCUGUCAAGGGAGCGAUUGCCCCCGAAUCUCCAUCGUUCAACGAUAGCCGCACGUGCACUCCAUCCGACUUGGAAGCAGCCAUUUCUGCAUCGUUCGAGUCGCGUUAUGCCGACAUGUGCGCCGUGGACGUCGGUGUGUCGAGCGCGUCGUUUAAAGACCCAGCAGCCAAGCUGACCUUCGCCGAAAUCGUCAAGUUCAACGCAUCCACCAACUGCCACGCAUUCUACACGGACAAGGAGGCGGCGUUGGCAUCGCAGCACUGCGCCGAGCUCAACCUGUUGGCCCACAACGUGACGUUCGACAUGGCUGUCACGGCGCUCAUCGUCGAGUCCGUUCCGAAGGUGUCGACCAAGUGCAGCAAGUGGGCGCUGUCCGCUGCGUCCGCCAGCCUCGCGCUCAAGGCGAGCUUUUACUCGUGCUUAGCCAACACGGGUCUGUACUCGAGCAUCUUCAAGCUCACGACGCUUCCGUCAACCAAGCAGCUCAAAGCGAUCAAAAACAACACGCGAUGCCGCGACCUCUUUGCCGACGUCCAAAAGAUCAUCAAGAAGCAGCCGCAUUGCGCGAUUGACAACAACGGAACCGACAUCCACACGUACGAGGACGUUCCGUUCGUCGGAUCGCUUGACUGGCUCAUCUUGGCUGCCACGCUCAAGGAAGCGAACGCCCCUGUCAAGGCAACCCACCUCAUGGCCAUGACGAUCGAUCCCCACGAACGUUCGCACGCUGAAGUGGUCAUCGGCGUCAUGCUGACCAGCGCCAUGGUCGCCUUGGUCGCAUUUGUUUUGUACAAGCGCAGUCGGCACUUGCCCAAGUCGACUGAAGAGCGCAAGCGCCUCCUCCAAGUCUGA